ACUUUAUCGUUCUUUUGAAAGAAAAUCUUCUUCCUUCUUCUUUCUCUCUUUCUCUUUUUCCCCAAAUCAUUCUCUGAAAACCCUAACCCCCAAAUUCACGGCUACAAGACAACAAAGGCAAGUCGGCAACGAGUACAACGACGAGUGCGGCUUCCAGCUUUCAGAGACUGAUACUAACCUUAGUACAAAAAAAUGGCAAGAUCAUUGGCUCAUAUAAUUUGUAAGCGCAUUUCAGCACUGCCAUCUGCUGGCUCGAGUGGAAUACUACGCUUUUCAACUACUGUGCCUAAUGAUCCUGAUACCCAUGAAGAUUUUAGGCCCACCAGUAAAAUUGAGAAUUCUAGUGUCUCCUUGAAAGAAAUUGUUGAGCAGGAUGUGAAGGAAAACCCUGUUAUGAUUUACAUGAAAGGGGUGCCUGAUCUUCCUCGAUGUGGUUUCAGCGCGCUUGCAGUGAGGGUCUUGAAAGAAUAUAAUGUUUCUCUAAGUGCGAGAAAUAUUUUGGAAGAUCCUGAGCUAAAGACUGCAGUAAAAUCCUUCAGCCACUGGCCGACAUUCCCUCAAAUAUUUAUCAAUGGGGAGUUUGUUGGAGGAUCUGAUAUCAUUCUUAACAUGCAUCAGACUGGUGAAUUGAAGGAAAAACUGAAGGAGAUUGCAGAAAAACAGAAAUAAGCAGAUUGUGGCCUUGCGUGCUAGAUGAUAAGAAUGAAUCCCUCCGUCCACCCCUCUCUCAUUUUCUCUCUUAAACUUUAUUUUAUGUAAUUCUACCCAGACGAGGAGAUAAUGAGUAAUUCUGUUCUUGGUUGACAGACAAGAUGUUUUUGUUGCCCAAUAAUAUGAAUGGCUUCAUAAGGUUUUUUCAUUG